AUGAUUAAACAACAGCAACUUAAGGCACAAAACACCCAGGUCCCUCAGACCAUUACAUACGCCAUAUAUGCAUAUAAUUCAAAGACGGCAGAACAAACGCAAAGGUUGAAAUAUGGAGAUUUGGAGAUAGUAUUGAAAAAUGAACAUUUCGAAUUCGUUUGCAAAGGUGGUGCAGUGAUAUCAAAUAUAAAAGAAAUUUUAUUUAUGAAUUCAAAAAUUAAAGGAAUACCGGAUGAUAUAACAUCAAUUCCACCAGAAGAACAGAGAUAUUACGCAUUAAAUGCAUUUCCUAAAGUUUUGAAGAUUGGAAGAUUUGAUUUAAAUGAGGAAUUCAUAGAAGGUUUCCUAAACGACAUAAUGAAGAAGGCGGAUAAAACAUAUGUGGAUAGUGAGUUAGAGAAGAAGGCAAAUUUGGUUUAUGUUGAUGAAAAAGAUAAUGAAAUUAAAGAAAAGGUUGAAUGGUAUCAUGAAUGGACAUUUGAGACUUUUAAAGUUAAAGCUGAUACAGAAUGGGUUUCAGGAUGUUUAGACCUUAAAGCGGAUAAAACAUAUGUUGAUGAAAAUUAUGCAAAGAAGUCGGAAGUAAAUGAUGUGAUUACAAGCAUGAAAAAUGAAAUACUUCAAACAUUAUAUCCUGUUGGUUCUAUUUAUACAUCAAUGAACUCAACAAAUCCAGCAAGUGUUUUAGGUUUUGGUACGUGGAAGCAGAUUGUAGAUAAAUUCUUAUACUGUGCUAGAUAUUCAAAGCAAACAGGAGGUUCGAAGAAAAUUAAAGAAGCAAACCUUCCACCGCACACUCAUACAGGAACUACAAACACAACAGGUAAUCAUUCACAUUCAAUAACAAAAAGAGGUUAUAUAAAUCUUGCAGCGG